CAGCCGGUGCUCGGGCGCCCCGGACCCAUGCUGCCCGCAGGCCGCGCGGCCCGGCGUGGCGCUCAUUGCCGAGGCUGUUCUCAGCGCAUCAAAAGCCCGGGCUUUCUUCGGCCGUAUGGGCCGCGAGCUGCCACGGAGGCCGCGCCGCCCAGCCCCGCGCCCUCGGCCUGGAGCCGGCUUGACUCGCAGCCCAGCACCGAUGCACGCGGCUUCCAACCGUCCCUGCCCUGGACCCCUCGGCUCAGGCUCCCCGACUCGCUUUCACGCCGGCCCUCCGCCCUGAUCGCCCCACGGCGCGCGCUCCGGGAGCCUGGGCGGCACCGGCCGGGCCCCACGUCCCGCACCCAGGAACGGGCCCCUGGCGCCGGGCGUGCAGCGCCGCCCCCUUCGCUUCCGGCCUCGGGGACCCGGCCGGGACCGCGACCUCCACGCGAGCGCCUGCUCCCGAGUCCCACUGCCAUCCCCGCCCUUUCAGCAUCCUCCAGCCCCCGCUUCUUCACUCUCCUGAGUGUACGGAGGUGGAAACAGACAAACGGGCACUAUCACGUGCCCUCACCUCGUGUGUAUGUGUGUGAGAGAGACAGAGACAGAGAGACAGAAAAGAGAGAGAAAAAUUCCCUAAGAUUCAUGACCAAAGAAGACUUUAUAGCUUGGUGUGUAAAACAGGAGUUUAAGUCGUUUCAUCACUGGGCAUACUUCUUACACACCACUAUUUUUCCCCUUACCCAGUGCUGA